AAAAUAUAUAAUACUACAGUUGUAUGAAUUGUGUUACUUUCAUCCUCAGUUAUAAAAAAGGUGGUAACCCGUUGAGAUUAAAUAUAAUAAAAGCCUCAUCUCGAUGGAAACAUCUUGCGAAAUUGUAGUUGUAACAGGUUUUGGUCCUUUCCGACAGUAUGUUGUGAAUCCAAGUUGGGAGGCAGCUAAGGGUUUGAAGAUGGCAGGAUUUGGAUUGGGCAUAGAGGUCCAUAUUAAGGAGAUUCCUGUCAGUUAUGCAAAAUCCCAACAAGUCCUUGAUGAUAUCUGGCAGAUGACUCCAAAGGUUAUUAUCCAUUUGGGCAUAGCUCCAGGAGCCAAAGGCAUCACACUGGAGCAAACGGGAAAGAACAACUGCUACAAAGACAGGGAUGUGAGUGGUCUGUGCCCUGAUCAUCACUGCUGCAUUGAGGGAGGACCAGAACGACUGGACUCCAUCAUAGACAUGAGGUCCCUCAGCAAACAUUUAAAAAGUAUGGGGCUUGAUGUCAUCUACUCUAGGGACGCUGGGAGGUACCUGUGUGAUUUUGUAUACUACUAUUCGCUGUACCGUGGGCAGGGAAAGGCUGUGCUGAUCCAUGUGCCAGCCUCAGGCAGCCUGGCAAGCCCAGAGAGACUGGUACCACAACUCCAGACCAUCAUCCAGGCUGUGUUACGCCAGCUGGACAGCCCUGCACACACAACCUCAGGACAGGUAGAAAACAUCCUCGACAAAACAUAAUCCUAUCACAGAUUACAUAGCAGAAAUGCAACGUGACACUCGACACAGGCCU